AUGUUCGCGUGGUUCACUUUCCUUAUGUAUGUGUCCGCAGGCCUCCUGCUUGGCUCCAGUCUCGCAACACCUAUCCAGAACUUGAGCAUGGAGUUGCAGAAUAACCGCACCGCACACGGCCUUCAAGCUGAGGGAUACACCAACUCCAUCCAGAUCAUGCUUGAUCGGGAAUCAUACAGGGACUACUACUGGGAGUUGUUUGUAGGUCCGUACGGCAAGAAAGCAAACCCUUGCGGGACAAACCACAAACCGUUCCGUCUCGCGGCCAUGUCCGGUGUCUUCGGUUACGGACGAGAUGAUAUCGAUCAUCCCCCGAACCCACCUGCUAUAGAGCUUUCCUUUGUGGACAAUAGCAAGAACGAGUGCAAGUGGAAAACCGACGGCGGCGGUGACCCCGGUCAACUCAUCUGUGGCGAUUGGAUGAUUAUGGAUUGCGAGCGAGACGCGAGCUGGAACGACGGUGCUAUCAAUUGCCAUGGCUUCUCGGUCCAUCGGGGCUGGGCUUGUAAUUGGUAG